AUUCGUAAUCACGGCGUCCAGUCGUGAUAACGCUUUUUUUGAGAGAAUUUUCACCUCUAUAUAACGGAUAGACGGGAAAAUAAUUGGCAGAAGUGAUCUUGCAGCGACAGAACAAUGAAGCUCUCUUCGGCACUCGUUACGAUAACGCUGUUGGCGACGGUCGCUCACUGCUUAGAGAACAGAGCGGGCAUCAGUAUCGUCAAAAAAAUUAAGGCUGCGAGCGUCGAAAUAAAGCUCAAUAGAAAUCGAGCUGAUUUGCUGAUCACGAGAAAUGACGGUGCAACAUUCGAACACCGAUUCAUCACGAAAAUAUCAAAGUCAACGAACAAGGACUCGUUGACAUUGGAUCCCAACUGCUCAAUUGAUACGACGUGCAUUGUAUCGAAGAACGUGACGUUAAUCAGAAUACGCACUGAUCCUGGCAGUGAAGUGAUUCGCAUUAAACGUUCAAUUGACGAUCCUGAGGCUCAGUUAUCGGAUUGCUACUUGUUGGCAGAAAACACAGAGUGGUUUGGAGGGCCCCAACUAAGGCAUCAGCGUUGGCCGAUCCAGCACAUGUACUACGACGAGGAAGUGUACGUGCCGACGCACCCGGAAAACAUGGCGUUGGCCGAGCGCUACUGGCUGUCGAGCAAAGGGAUCUAUGUGUUCGGUGACCCGCGGGAUCCGCUUUUCCUCGAUCAGAAUAACUUGCUGCAUCGACAUUUGUGCCUGGUUGCCAAAAACAAAGCACCCUACCAUUGGCGCAAAAUCGUCACGCUGAAUUACGAGAUCGGAGUGUUUCCGGAUCCGCGGCUCGCACACGAGCACGUGGUUAGGUCUCACUUUGGCAUGCCAACAGGUCAUCCCAAUGAAAGGAUGGUUACUCAUCCCAUCUGGUCUACCUGGGCGAGAUACAAGGCCGAUAUUAGCGAGGCGGUCGUGCGCCAGUUCGCCGACGAGAUUAUCAAGAACGGUUUCAAUAACAGCCAGUUGGAGAUCGAUGACAAUUGGGAGACGUGCUACGGUUCGGCGAGGUUCGAUCCCAAAAAGUUCCCCGACGUCAAGAAGCUGCUGGCUGAUUUGAAGGCCAAAAAGUUCCGUGUGACGCUUUGGAUACAUCCGUUCAUCAACGAGAAGUGCAACGACGGAGAGGCCUACGAUUACGCGCUCAAAAACAAUUAUUUCGUGAAGAGUUUGGACGGCAAGGUGCAUACCACUUGGUGGCAAGGUGGCAACGGAGCAGGAGCGAUCGACUUCAGCAAUCCGAAGGCCGUGGCAUGGUGGGUAGGUCGUUUGAAAAAGCUCGAGGCCCUCGGCAUCGACAGUUUCAAGUUCGACGCGGGCGAGGAGACGUUCCUGCCCCAGCCACCGAACCUCUCGGCCGUCGACGAGGUGCAACCAGCCGUCUAUACCUACAAUUACACGACCAACUUGGCCAAGCACUUUGACGACAACAUCGAGGCGCGCGUCGGCUGGCGCACCCAGCAACUACCCAUUUUCAUCAGAAUGAUCGACAAGGACACUCGCUGGUCCUUCAGCAAUGGUCUUCCCACUCUCAUUACCACGCUUCUGCAGAUGAAUCUUAACGGAUACGUUUUUGUGCUGCCUGACAUGAUCGGCGGCAAUGGCUAUGCCAAUGGGUCGCUCACCGAAACAGAGUUGCCCUCCAAAGAAAUGUUUAUAAGGUGGCUUCAGGCUAACGUGUUUAUGCCCGCGCUGCAGUAUUCAUUCGUACCUUGGGACUUUGAUGACGAGACGAUACGUAUUGCGAAGACCUUUACGGAUUUGCACGCCAAAAUAUCGCCGAUGAUCAUGGAGCUCAUGAAGAAGGCUGUGCAAACUGGAGCUCCGAUCAAUCCGCCGAUUUGGUGGGUCGAUCCCAAAAACGCGGAAGCGCACAAAAUCAACGACGAGUAUCUUCUUGGAGAGCAGAUAUUGGCUGCUCCGGUAAUCGAGGAAAAUGCACUGGAACGCGACGUCUUUCUGCCUGCUGGCAAAUGGCGCGACGGUAACACCCAAAAGGUUCAUCAGGGCCCGACCUGGUUGAGAAAUUAUCCAGCACCACUGCACGUAUUGCCGCAUUUCUUCAGAGUUUAGAAUGUUGUUCAACGCUCUAUCUAUUUUCAGUUUGUUAUCAAUAAAAGAAACUUGAGUGUUAUCUACGACAAACGAUAAAAA